AUGCACCACACGCUAAGGAACAUCGAUUUAUAUUUCAAGCACGAAAUAUUCCAAUACGGCGGCAGCAGCAAAGGACGCGGCGUGUGUUAUGCUUUGCUACAACAUUUAAAAACACAGACGAAGAAAGAGGAUGAUCAUCCCAACAUCAUCAUUGGACAAGGAACCUUAGGUUUGGAAAUCGCUCGCGAGAUGCCUGAUCUUGAUGCGGUGAUUGUACCUGUUGGAAGUGGUGGAUUGAUUGCGGGUAUAGCAGUAGCUUUACAGAAAACAAGUCCAACUACAAUGGUUAUUGGAGUCGAGUCAGAAAUGUGUCCGAAUUUCAGCAAAGCGCGCGAAGCGGGCAAACCAGUGGAAGUCCCUUUAAAAUUUUGCAGCUUGACUGAUGAAUUGGCAAUUCCUGUGAUAGGACAUAACGCGUUUUACAAUGCGAAUUCAUUGAUCAAAACCAUGAUCACGGUCAAGGAAGAGUGGGUAGAAGCCGCGAUUUUGAAGUUAAUUGAAGAUGAGAAGUACGUCGUCGAGGGUUCGGGAGCGGCAGGUUUAGCAGCAAUCUCAUCUGCUCAGCUUAUGAUGAACCGGCGGUCUGAUAGAAAAUGGUGCAUAGCGUUACCAUUGUGCGCUGGUAAUCUUUCUCCGAGCACCACGGAAACUUGCAUCUAA